AUGAACAGUGACCAAGCCGCUUCGGUGGCGUCGCACUCAGCGACGCCCUCGGCAGCAACAUGGACCGCCGCCGACGAGCAUGCUCUGGUGCGCAAGAUGGACCUGCGCAUAUUCCCCACGAUGAUCGUCCUCUUUAUCCUCAAUUUUAUUGACCGCAACAACUUUGCAAAUGCACGUCUGCGAGGCCUGGAGGCCGACCUGCGCCUCACCGAUGUCCAGUACCAGACCUGUAUCUCAAUCCUGCUCGUCGGCUACGUGGCCUGCCAGGUGCCCUCCAACAUGAUUCUCAACAAGCUCACGCGGCCAAGCUGGUACCUUUGCUCGUGCGUCGUCGUUUGGGGCAUCAUCUCGGCAGCCACGGCGGCCGUCCACGACGCCACGGGUGCCAUCUUGUGUCGAUUUUUCCUGGGUUGCGUCGAAGCCUCCUUCUUCCCAGGCAGCAUAUACUUCCUGUCGCGAUGGUAUACCCGCAAAGAGAUGCAGCUGCGCGUCACGCUGCUCAACGCAGGCAAUCUCGUGGCGCAAGCCUUUGGCGGCCUCAUCGCGGCAGGCAUUCUGGCCAACAUGGAGGGCGUCGGGGGCAUCCGAGCCUGGCGCUGGCUCUUCAUCCUCGAGGGCGCCAUCACCGUUGCAAUUGGUGGCCUAGCCGUCUUCAUCCUCCCCGAUUACCCUCGGUCCACCGGCUGGCUGACGGUCGGCGAGAGACACAUUGCCGAAACCCGCCUUGCGCUCGACGUCGGUGUCGCCGAAGGUGCCGAGGACGAGGAGGGAGGCGCUUUCCACGGUCUCAAGCUGGCCGUCAUGGACCCCAAAGUCUGGUUACUUGGCCUGGCCUAUCACACGACUAUCAUGGGUCUCAGCUUCAGUUUCUUCUUCCCAACCAUCACACAAUCGCUCGGCUACAAUACGACAACGACUCUGUUGCUCACCGCGCCGCCAUGGAUCUGGGCCUGUCUCGUGUCCCUGCCCAACGCCUGGCAUGCGGACAAGACGGGUGAAAGAUUCUUCCAUUAUCUCGGGCCCGCAAUCACGUGUAUUGUCGGCUACAUCAUUGCCAUGACGACAAGGUCUACAGGUCCUCGCUACUUCUCCAUGUUUUUAAUGACGACCGGCUAUGCCAGUGGCUUUGUCAUGCUUGCCUGGAUCAGUAAUACAAUCCCUCGGCCCGCCGCGAAGAAAGCGGCUGCAAUCGCCAUGGUCAACGCCAUGGGGAACAUCGGCAGCAUUCCCGGCUCGUACAUUUACCCUGUCCGGUGGGGACCGCUUUAUGUCGAGUCAUUCGGUGUUGAGAUUGGCAUCCUCUCACUGGCGUGUGUGUGCGCCUUCGCCCUCCGCACCUACCUGCGGAAUCUCAACAAGCGCCUGGAUAAAGGCGAGCUUAGCGCCUUUGAGGUUUCUGCGCAUGCAGCUGAACACACAGCAGACAUUGAGGGCAAGCCGCCUCCAGUGGUUCUGGAGCAGGCGCGGCAGUUUAGGUACUUGUACUGA